GCUGUUUCUGUUGCUCGCAAUGCACUCGAUACAGGACAAUCUUUUCACAAGAAUACUGUGUCAAGUAAACGCUCUGAAAGCCUCUUCAGACUCCUUGGAUCAGUUUGUUUAACUCGCUGUCUAGGCUGUGUAGCACCACACAUAGCUGAGGGCAGAAGAGUGAAAAGAUUAGUCAACACAUCAAGUUAUUCACCAAGAGCUACAUCUCUAACCAGUCAAGAUGUCAGAUGCACAUAACACCCCUCCCGUCUCCCAAAUGGAAGUUAGAUCAAAGUGUGGAUCAGCAAAAACGUCAGCUUCACACCGGUCAAGCAAGUCAAGUGCUAGCAUGGCUGCAGUCCGAGCACGGGCUGUAGCUGAAGCUGCCCGCGCCAAAGCCGAGUUUGCCAAACGCCAAAUCGAUAUGGAGGUCGAGAAGGCACGGAUUGAAGCAAGGCUGAAUGCUCUAAAGCAGGAGGGUGAGGCUGAAGCAGCCCUCGCUGCAGCAAGAGUCCUUGAGGCGGCAGCUGAAGGCCCAGAUGACCGUGAGUUGACCACUCCAGCUAUCCCAGUAACAACGCAUGAUCCAGUCAAACGCGUUGCAGAAUACAUCAAAACUCACUUUAAAGAUGAGCCUGAACCUGAGAUGGAAGAAAGGCCUCAGCGAGAAUCUCAGCCUAGGUACAGUGUGCCACCACCAGUCACUCAGUACACACCUGGGUGGGCUACAGGGACCCCAGCUGGAUGGCAUCCUCAUCGAGCCCCACCUGUCUUUAACAUAGGUACCAGAACAGACAACACACAUUCACAAAGCAGAUCAAUGUCCAGAACAACAGAAUUCUCAGAUCUCGCCACUUACCUUGCACGCCGUGAUCUUCUAACCACUGGGUUCAAGGUCUUUGACAACAAACCAGAGACUUAUUUGUCCUGGAAGUCUAUGUUUUGCAAUGGCAUCGAAGGACUAAACCUCAAAGCCAGCGAGGAGCUCAAUCUACUCACAAAAUGGCUGGACGGGGAGUCGCUUCAACAUGCCCUGAGGAUUAGAGCAGUUCAUGUGAACAAUCCAGAGACAGGCCUCUGGCGUCUGUGGCAGCGGCUGGACAAGAAUUACGGUUCAUCAGAAGCCAUUGAGGCGUCCCUGUUUAAGCGUCUGGAAAGUUUCCCCCGGAUCUUCUACAAAGACAACCACCUGCUGCAAGAACUCGCUGACCUCCUUCUUGAGCUACAAGCAGCGAAGAACGAAGGCUAUCUACCAGGCCUCAGUUUUCUUGAUACGUCGAGAGGAAUAAACCCCAUAGUUGAAAAGCUACCGAAUAAUCUCCAAGAGGCUUGGAUCAAGCAAGGAUCAAGAUAUAAGAAAGAACAUAAUGCUUUAUUUCCACCCUUUUCUUAUUUUGUCGAAAAAAGCACAAGAGAAGCAGACAAAGGUUAG